AUGAAGGGAGGCAUGAGCAUUAAGAUGAAAAUCUAUGUUGAUUUUGGUGAAAAAGCAACAACUAUUAUUUCAGCUACAAAAAAUGCUACCGAAAUACUUGAGAAAAUCAAAUCAGUUCUUCAACCAGCCGCUGAUUUUCUAGUGACUUAUUAUGACGACGAUAUUAAAAAACAUUGUAUUUUUCAUAGUUAUGAACAAAUUGAAAAUCAACAGAUUGUAGCAAUGGAAGUAAACAUUCUUCACCAUCAUGCACAUAAUUUUACCAACUCAUCGUUGUCAUCCGGUAUCAAUAACCCUGAUAUAUUAAAAGAUUGUUCAUCGUUAGAUAAAUUAUUGAUAGAACUGAAUACCCAUGCGAAACUUGUGUUGACAAAUUUAAAUACGUUAAGAAAACAAAAAGAAUUAUGUGAUGUAUUACUGAUCAUUGGACAGUCAAAAAUUCCAGCACAUCGAGCCGUUUUACCAGCUGAAAGUCGUUUAACGAAAAUUGUUAUUCAUGAUGUUGAUGAAAGUGCAAUGGAUUUACUCAUUGAAUUUUGUUAUAGUUCAACAAUUUUAGUUGAUAAAAAAAAUGUCCAAACAUUAUUACCAGCAGCUGAAGUUCAAGAUACAUAUUGUGAAUUUUUAAAAGCUCAAUUAGAUCCAUCAAAUUGUCUAGGUAUACGAGUAUUUGCUGAUACACAUUCAUGUAGAGAAUUAUUAAAAACUGCUGAUAGAUAUACACAACAUAAUUUCAAUGAAGUAAAAGAAAGUGAAGAAUUUUUAUUUUUACCAGUAAAUCAGUUGAUUGAUAUAAUAUCAAGUGACGAAUUAAAUAUGACCAGUGAGGAAGACGUAUUUAAUGCCGUAAUGCAUUGGGUACAAUGUAAUACAGAACAGAGAAAACAAUAUUUAUCACAGAUAUUGGGCAAUUUUCAAAAAAAAUUUGACAAUUACAAUAAUGUACAAGACGAAGUGAGAAAUUUUCUUGAUAAAUUAAAUAUUUUUGAAGACGUAGAAUCACAAUCACAUCAAACUGAUGCAGAUUUAUUGGCAAUUGACGUAUUUUUGUACAGACUCAAUGCAAACAAGCUAUUUGAUACGGUAAGUUUAUUGAUAUUAAGUUUAUUUGUUCUAUUUUGA